UUCGCACAGUUACUAUUGUUGAACAGUUCUUGCAAAGUAAUCAAAUUCGUUCAAAUUAGUUCUGGUCGCGAUUUGAGCUUAAAUUUCUUUAGAUCAGAGCGAAAUAAAUGAAUAUUAAAAAUGCAAAAUUACAGAAAGUGGAUUUUUAUUGUUUGCCUUUGUGUUGGUUUCAACAAUCAUUUAGUGCAGAGCACACAGGAUGAAGAUAGCUGGAUAGAUCCCGAUGCUUGGGGACGUGAAGAAUAUUUUCAACAUGCACAACAACACGAAAAUAACUAUCAAAGUGAAGAAUCCAAAGCAAACUCUAAAUGCAUCCAAUAUAAUGGCAACGGCCCAAAUGCAGAAGCCGUUGCACUGAUGUAUUAUAAAAGGCUCAUUGCGUAUUUAUUUAACAGUGAAUAUUUCAAGCAUAAUGACUUGACCGGAGAAUUCACGCGUACUUUAAUCUUUACUGCUCUGCCAGCUCAGUUAGAACAGCUCAAGAACUUAAACGAUCCAAGAGAUUUGGAUACAAUUAUAACAGAAAUCCUCACGAAAACAAGAGAGCCUACUAAAGCCGAUUAUUAUUCCCAUUUUGCUAAAGAUGAUUUCACAAGUAGUAUGGGUAUUUUUGCCCUAAUUUGGGAUAUCAUCAAGGAUAUGGGACAGUUAUUGAAAGCUUCCGAGGUUCAAUUUUUACUCGGCGCAGCUGGUUUGCUAUUGAUUGGCUGGUAUUGUCAUCGAAAAUAUAGAGUCGGCAUUAUUACGAUGAUUAUAGGAGCGGUCGUGUGCUUCGGAUAUUUCCACACUUACUUAGAAUGUAAUCGCAAAUUGGAAGCUGAACGUUUAUUAGAAAUGCUUGCACGUCAUGAACAGUCAGCGCCGCAAGAGCCCCGUUGGUACACGCCCAUCGUAAACUUUUUUACUUCCAGUGAUAAACAGGCUCUAAAAGCCAAAAAGGAAUAUAUCAAAAAAUCAAGCCAACUAAAUUUGAAUUUCUGUCGACCCGAUCAUGUGUUUCUCAUGUAUGCAAAUGACUUGUUCUUAAAGCAGCUAACUUUUCUAAUAGACAAAUCUGUUGAGACAAUGGAAAUACUUAGAAGCAGUUUAGGCUUCCCUUACAAUUACUUAGCCGGUAUAUUGUUAGUUUGUCUCAUUGGCUAUAUUGUUAAAUUAACAUUCAAGUACAUACUCAGUCCGCGUGCUUGGGCCGGUGUAUGGCAGCAACGUGAGUACGCAACGCAACGCGGUGCCCUUCCCGGUACAAGCACAGGUACAGCACAUCAUGAAGAUCGUAUUUCGGGUGAAAAUUUAAAAAUGCUUUUGAAUGCCAUUAGCUGCGCGACGUCGGCGAACCAGAUUACAAUCAGCAAUACAACCGCCACGCCGGCUUUGAUGCAGGCACCGGAGCAUGGUUCUGGCGUGCAGGAAAUACUAGCGCCAUUGGAGAAUGGUAGUGCCGACACAGGUUCGGAGUCCUCAAUGUCGGAGGAGGUAGCUAAAUCAAAGGAAAAUUCGCCACAAAAGCAAACACAUAAAAGCGAUAACAACAAUGCAACAGAAAAACAGCAGAAUGUGUCAAGUGAUAACGAUAAAGCGAAUGCGGUGAAAUUGGAAGAUGUAUUGGAUAAUGAGGCGUAACAAUCGUAUUUGUUUUUAAAUUAUAAUAUUAUUUAUUUUUUAUUUAUUUAUUUUUAUAAUUUAUUACUAUUUCAUAGAAACGCUGCUUAACAGUUAAACAUAAUGUUAUACUCGCUCUUAAUAUGGAAAGUGAAACUCGGUGAAAUCUAUGAAGUUUAAUUAAGCAACUAAAGUACGAUAUUAAUGUUCUAAGUUAUAAACAUGCUACAGAUUAUGGCAGCAAACAAUGUGAUAUGCAUUAAAAAUACUAUUGUUAGAAUUUCUUUUAUAUAUUACUGCACAAAAGUUGUAAACGAUUUCAAAUAUUAUAAGUGAAAUUAAUUAUACAACAUUAAAGUUACUUCAAAUUGCUUGCCACUAAAGCGCAAAUAAAUCUUAAUUACCUGUUUUUAAUAAUUUCCCGCGUUAUAUAGUUUCUCCAUUGAAAUAAGAAAUGCGUCAAUUAUUUAUAAUUGGAUUAUUGGAUUUUUAUUUCAACUAUUAUAUUUAAAUUUCUUUGUUACAAUAUAUAUUAUAUAAGUAUAAUAUAUAUAUGUAUGUAUAUAUAUAUAUAUAUCAUUAUUAUGUUUUGUGUAUUUUCUUUCGUAUUAGUGUAAAGCUAUGUCUAGCAUUUAUGUGUAGUAUAAUUAUGUUUAUUAUUAUUAUUAUUAUUAGCUCAAACAAGUACAAUACAUACCGCCAUUCUCGCUUACUACUAUUGGUCAAUGCAUUCGCAGCGAAUGCAUACAUGACUUGUCUUGUAUAAGUGUCGACUCUUAUCGUUAUCUAUUUGCUACAUAUACAUAAGUCAUGUUUAACUUAAUUGUUUGAGUAUUUAAAUUCAUUCAUUUCGAAAUAAGCAGCUAAUAUGCUUCACUUUUUUCAACUUUGUACAGCAGCUUACGAAAAAAAAUGUUUAUUUUAUAUAUGCACGUGUCUUAUGUAUGUGCUACUAUUAUUUCCAUAUAUGCUAAAUCGCAGUUUUUGUUUAUACAAUUGCAAAAUUUGCUUGUUAAAAUGAAUAUGCAUUGAUGACAUGAAAGUGCUUGAAAUGCAGCCAGCCAGUGAAUUCAUUGUAAAAGCAUAAAUUAAUAUGUUUUUCAUAUUUUUAUAAUUUAUUUAAUUUUAUUAUAGAUUUUUAUUAAAAGAAAUUAAAUUUUCUAAGUUUUUAAUUUGCAUAUGAUUUUAUGUGAGUUAUUAU